AUGGUUACCAUAAUCGAUUUAAACGACGAUUGCCUUUUAAACAUUUUAAAUUACCUAAGUCUCAGUGAUCACAUAAAUUUAGCAAAAUCCUGCUCGAGGUUUUACGAAAUCAUAAUGGAUCAGUCUAAGGCUAUAUAUCCGGCAUUUCAUCACAAUAAACCCGUGUUAUAUUAUACAAACUCUGCUGUGAAACUAUUCAUGGUUCUGGAUAACAAUGUCAGGACUCUAAGCGUGAUCCAAGGACAUUACCAAGAUGAAGAGGAACUCGGUAACGCCGUUCGGGACUUUCGGAUACUCUCGCAAGCCAGAAAGAAAAUUGAUUUGCAAAGUUGCUGGAAAGAUUGGCCCCAAAUCGAUGACAUGUUCCGAUUUUCCUCAUUUUACAGUCGGGACUAUUUGAGUGUUAAUAUACCAUCUUGCCUGUGCUACAUGGAGGAAGUCUUUCGACUUAUGCCCGACUUGCGGGAAUUGCGAGUUUCCGGUUUUGCCAAGUGCUCCGAAAGUGUUUCAGUAAUUUCAAGAUGCUUUCCCCAGCUGGAUAAUCUCUCGAUUCGAGGAGCUAGCCUUAAGCAUCCUCUUGGCUUUGAGUUAAUACCACAGAUGAGAAACUUGACAAGGCUUUCGUUGAAUGUUGGUAUGCCCAAUUGCUUGGAACCAUUAACUAAACUCACCGAACUCCGAUCUUUGUAUCUGGAGAGUAUGUUGAGUUAUAUAUCUGCCCGGGAAGUAAUCGAAAUUAUAGAAAACUGCAAGAAGCUAGAGUUCCUGUACUGUUACUACAUAGAUCACGCUCAUGAACCCCAUAAUUCCAUUGCGAAUAUCUUCAAAGCGAUCAAGUCAAGCCGAGAUCCCAGCAUUCAGAAGCCUUUGCAGCUAUAUUCAUAUCUGGAUCCUCCGCUGUCGGAUGAUAAUAAAGAACUCAUCGAUAGUGCAUACUUCGUAUAUCGCCGGCUGUAGACAACCAAAU